UAGGAAUGCCAAAAAACACAGAGUUGUUCAACCCUGGUUGCCCACUUGUGGCAUUUGGUACUUCAAGCGAUCAAAAGGAAAAACUGGGAGAAGUGCUGAAGUUUGGGGUUCAGUGUGGAUUUCGAGUUUUAAAUAUGAGUGAUGAACACAAUAAUGAAACUUCUGUAGGAAUGUCUUUAAAAUCACUUAUUACAGGUGGAUUCAUAGCCAGGCAAGACCUUUUCAUAUCAUUCAAGAUGACGAAAAUUCAAAAUCUCAGACAGUUGGAAGAGCACAUUUCAAAGCAUCUGACUGCAAGAAGCUUAACUUACUUUGAUCUUUUUGUUAUCGAAAACUCCGCUUUUGUAGAGGAAAAUAUUCUCAAAAUAUGGAGGACAUUAGAAAAUUUACAUUUAUCUAGAUUAUUGCGCAACAUUGGUCUAUCUGGAUUCCCCAGAAAACAAAUUGAAAAUAUUUUAUCUGUGGCUGUUAUCAAGCCAUUUGCUAUUCAAGACAUUUUCAACCCAUUUUCUUCAAACAAUGAGAUUAGUCAGUUUUGCCAAAUUCAUGAUUUGCUCCUUAUUGGAAUGUCUCCACUCGAUAAUCUGAGUUCAAAGGGGAAAUUAUUAACAAAUAGCUUUGUCACUGAAAUAGCUAGAAAUCACAAUGCAAGUCCAGCACAAACUUUAUUGGCAUGGGCAAUUCAAAGUCAAACAUUACCUGUCGUGCAGACAUUAAACACUGACCAUGUCAAGGAAAACAUCAUGCUAUCAGACUUGAAGCUAUCUGAAAAGGAAAUGAGGGAUAUCUGUCAAUUAACUCAAACUAAAUAG